AUGUCGUCAUCGUCUGACAAUCUCCCUCUUAACGAACUUGAAAAGGAAUUACUUGAUCCAACAUCUGAAUGUUACUUGGAAAAUCUGUUGGAUGUAGUAUCAGCUUUGGUCACUGAUUGUGACUUUCCCUCUGCUAAGAAUUCCAAAAGUGUUCAAUCUUUUCUCAAAAAAUACAGUCAGGCGGCUAAAAUUAUUGAAUCACGUCGAACAAAAUACAGUGAUUUUGAAUUAAUCAAAGUCAUCGGACAAGGGGGAUUUGGUCGAGUAGAAUUGGCUCGACAUAAACGUACACGACUUGUUUAUGCUAUAAAAUUGAUGAGUAAACAACAUCUCUUGGAUCAUAGCCAGUCAGGUUAUUGGGAAGAACGUGAUGUAAUGGUCAAAGCAUCAAGUGAAUGGUUGGUCGCUUGUCAUUAUGCAUUUCUAGAUAAAGAUAAUGUAUACCUAUGCAUGGAAUAUAUGCCAGGUGGUGAUCUCUACUAUUGGCUAGAAAAGUAUGAUACAUUCGAUGAGACAAUUGCUCGAUUCUAUCUAGCUGAAACUGUUCUUGCUCUUGAAGCUUUACAUCAAUUAGGCUUUAUUCAUCGUGAUUUAAAACCGGAUAAUAUGUUGUUAGAUGCUGGUGGACAUUUGAAAUUAGCCGAUUUUGGUUCAUGUGUACGUGUUGGUAAUGAUGGUUAUUAUUAUUGUACCUCACCAAUUGGUACACCGGAUUAUAUUAGUCCUGAAAUGUUGAGUUGUCAAGGGAAACCUGGUAAAAUUGGACCAGCAUGUGAUUGGUGGGCAUUAGGUGUAAUUGCUUAUGAAAUGUUUUUUGGUGAACCAGCAUUCUAUGGACAAUCAUUAGUAGAAACGUAUAGUCGUAUUCUUGGACAUGAAAAAUCAUUACAUAUACCAAUUGAUGCAGAUCCAAUCUCUUCAGAAGCUGAACAAUUUAUUAAAGAUCUAUUAAAAUCUUCAACAACUCGUCUUGGUUCAUUUGAUCUAUUGACAGAUAAUGAAAUAAUUGCUUCAAAGAAUAAUCGAGCUAUUGCUGUUGCUCGACAAGUUAAAUCACAUUCAUUCUUUAAGACAAUUGAAUGGGAACAAUUAAGAUCAGAGAAUCCACCGAUACAACCAAUUGUUAAUUCAGAGACAGAUACAUCGAAUAUUAAUUUUGAUGAUAGAGAUUUAAGCUCAGAAAAUGGUGGUGGUGGUGGUGGUGCAAAAUUACCGCAUAGCGGUGGAGCAUUUGCUCCAGCUAGAUCUCAAGCUCCAGCUUAUUUCACUGGAAGUAAUUUAUCGUUUGCUGGUUUCACAUUCAAUCGAUAUCAUCGAUAUUUGGAAAUGUUUUCACAGCCUACUAGCAACAACAAUAACAAUACUACUACUACUACUAGCAAUUGUAAUGAUGUUCUACAAAGAGUAAAUGAUACAUGUAGAACAGAGAAUAAUGAUAUAUUAUUGAAUGAAGCUUUAGAACGUCAGAGAAUAGCUGAAGAAACAUUGAAUAAUUUGAAGAAAGCUUUUCAAACUUUAGAAUGUCAAUCAGCUAAAGAUCAAGUUAAUUUAAAAGAUCUUAAUCGACGACUUAUUGAAUCACAAGAAGAAGUGGAACAAUUAAAAAUAAUUCAACAUGAUAUUGAAUAUCAAUUAAAUAAUUUACAAUUAGAAAAAGAUAAUCAACAAUUAAAUAUUGAAAAGAUAAAAACACAAUGUGAAUCAUUAACUCUUACCUUAGAAACAGAAUAUACUAAUAAUAAUUUAUUAAAAAAUGAAAAAAAUUAUUUAGAAGAACGUGUUAAACAAUUAGAAAAUGAAUUAAAGUAUAAAAAUGAAGAAAUUUCUCAAAAAUCUCAAUUACCUAAUAAUGAGAAGGAGGAGGUGGCUGCGACAGCGGUAGCUGCGACAGCGAAAAGUAGCGAUACCAGCGAAACGCUUAUCGCCGCUACUUCUCCUUCUACUAUUAUCAAUAUGAAUACACAAGAUAAUAAUAAUAAUAAUAAUGAUAAAAUGAUAAUAACAAUUAAUCAAUUAACUGAAUCAAUUACAAUAUUAAAAAAUGAAAAUAAAAAUUUAUUAAAUGAAAAUGAACAAGUCAAAGAGAAGUGUACAACAUUAAUGACUACAGUUAUAGAAUUACGUGAAAAUUUAGAGAGACAAAUUAAUGAAUUAACUAAACAAUUAGAAAUAAGUCAACAAUUAAAUGAUAAACAAUUAAAUGAAAAUAAAUAUAUCAAUGAUAUAUUAGAACAAAAUAAAUUAAUAAAUAAUAAUUUACGUAAUGAUUUAAAUAGAAUACAAAGCCAAUACGAUGCUUGUUUAGAUAAUAAACGUAUAAUUGAAGAUCAAUUACUGAAUAAAGAGACAGAAUUAGCUAGUUUACAAGUACGAUUACGUAAUAUUACAACAAAUUAUAAUGAAUUACAUAUGAAUACAGAGAAUGAAGCUAAACAAUUAAAUAAUUUAUUAAAUAGAAAAUUAAUAGAAAUUAAUAAAUUAUCAGAACAAUUAAAUGAAAUGCGUAAUCAUUGUAAAACAAUUGAAACAACAAAUAAUCACUUGACACAACGUGUUGAACAAUUACAAAAAGAUAAAGAAAUACAACAACGUAAUUUAGAUACAUUAGUUGAAAAAUUUUAUACAGAAAUGAAAUCACGUACAAAUCAAUUACAAAUUAAUAAAACUAAAUUAAUUAAUCGUGAUGAAUAUAAACAAUUAGAAAAAAAAUAUAAAAAUUUACAAUCAAUUACACAAAAAGAUAUCAAUAAUUUACAUAAUACAAUAGAACAAUAUAAAAUAGAAUUAAAUGAACGUAAUCAAUUGAUAACAACAUUAACUGAAGAAUGUCAAACAAUGUAUAAAGAGUUAGGACAACAACGUCAAUUAGAACGAACAUUACGUGGACGUCUUGACUAUUAUAUUCAUUCACAUACAAGUGUUGAAGAUAAUCCUUCAAUAAUAAUCAGUGAUAGUCAAGAUCAUCAUCAUCAACAUAAUGAGUCAUCAGAAGAGACAAUGCCAGCAACAACAACAACAUUGUCGCCUGAUGUCAUCGGCGGCGGCGGCGGCAGUGGGCUAACAUCGAAUCUACUCAAUAUAAUCCUUGAAGAUGUUGUAGAUAUUGAUAGUAAAGGUCGAGGUAAAAAUAAAUUAAUCUGGUUACCAAAAUAUGCUGUACUUAAACGUUUCUCACUGUUAUUGUAUACUUCACGAAGUGAAAGAGAAUUAAAUCCUUCAUUAGGUGAAGAGAUACCAUUAUAUCAAAUAAUGCAUAUACGUGAAGCUACUGAAUUAGAUUUAAUUCAUGCAAAAAAGGAUGAUUUAUGCCGAACUAUACAAUUAUUCUAUCAGAAUUCAACAAAAAUUCAUCAUCUCUAUGAAAUGAAUACAAAUGAUGAAGGUGAUAUAGACUUAUCAGAUAGUAUAAGUUUAAUGUCAAUAUCCCAACAACAAACAUUGAGAUUACCUAAUAAAUCAACUCAAGAGUAUACUACUACUACUAGUACUACUACUAAUCCUGGUGUUAAUAGUAGUAUUGGCAGUAGUAGUAGUAGUAGUAGUAAUACAAUUCAAUGGAUGAAUCAUAGUUUUCAAUUAAUGCGUUUUCAUCUUGGCAAUGUAUUAUGUGAUGUAUGUCAUAAAAAUUGUUCAGAUUUAUUAAAUCCACCGAAAGCUUUAGAAUGUCUGCAUUGUCGUAUGCGUAUUCAUUUUGAACAUGUUGAUAAACAUGAAAAAUUUAUUGUAUGUCAUAAUGCAACUAAUGUACGUUAUCUACGUAUGUCGAAUACAAUAGUGAAAAAGAUAUGGAUAGAAGAAAUUAUUAAAUUACGACAAUAUUAUAAAGAAUUACAAAAUAAUAUACCAGAACAAUUGAAUGAUAUCGAUGGGAAUACUACUAACAAUAAUAAUAGUAGUAUUGUACAUAUGAAACCAAUUUAUCGUAGUCUACGUGCUGGAUCAUUAGGACCUAUAGGUAUACAAAGUAUAACAUUGAAUCAAAAAGCUGAUAGUAUAAAUUAUCUUCAAUAUUCAUUUCGUAAAAAAUUUAUUAGUGGUACUAAUACACCGACAUGUAAUACAAUGACGACACAUGGGAUUCAUGUUACAUCAUCACUAUCACCUGGUUCAAUUUCACCAGCGCUUACAUUUCCUAAGCUUGAAGAUAAUUAA